AUGGCAUCACCAUGGGCGCGCAUACAGAGUUGGCCCGGCUGGCGGCCAAAAAGCGUGGUGGGCCUGACUAUCUGGAGACUGGGCGUCUUCGCGACAUGGCUGCCGGCGGUGGCUUGGAUCAAUAACUACGUUGUGGAAACGGCGGUGGUGUCGGGAAACUCCAUGUAUCCGUUUAUUAAUGAAAAUAAAGACUCGACUUUACGAAAUGAUGUGAUUCUCACAUGGAAAUGGUCGCCGCAAGAGAAUCUGCAAAGGGGCAUGGUGGUGACUCUGAGGAGUCCAAGCAACCCAGAAACCGUGGCCAUCAAGCGAAUAGUUGGCCUGGAAGGAGACACUGUUCACACGCGCCCGCCGUACAAGUUUCCCAAAGUCAAGGUACCUGAGGGGCAUAUUUGGGUAGAGGGAGAUGGCCGUCCUGGAACGACAAUAGACAGCAAUACCUAUGGACCGGUGUCUAAACGGCUGCUGGAGGGCAAAGUUACCCACAUCUUGUAUCCCUUUCACAAGUUUGGUGCCGUUAAGUGGUGGGAGCAUAUACCGCGACCGAUUGAACGCGGUCCACGGUAA